AUGUUGAUGGUACCUACUGAAAAACACAAAUCAAUGUGGAAAAAAAGCGCGAUCUUCACCGAUUGUUUGAUUUUGUGUACCAUGGUAAACAACAAAAUGUGUGAUCAAAAUCAACGAAAUUAUGAUUUCCCAUACAAACCAUACGAUAUACAGAUUAAAUUAAUGAAUAAAUUAUACGAAUCAUUUGAAAAUGGUCUGAUUUCAAUCAUUGAAAGUCCUACUGGUACAGGUAAAUCAUUGAGUAUUAUUUGUUCAUUAUCCAAAUGGAUGGAAGAUUACAAGUCAAAACAACAACGAAAUCUUGAAAAUAAAAUCAAUGAAUUACGACAACAGAAUUCCGAUGAACAAAAAAACGAUGAUGAUUGGCUAUCGGUUCAAUUGAAACAAAUGACAAAUAACAAUCAAAUCAACGAUUUAAAUGUUGAGCUAGAAAAAUUAACCCGACAUAUCGCCUAUUCAAAAGAAUUGAAAAAGAAAAAAAUUUCACGUAUCAAUCGACAAAUCAAUGUAACGUCAUCACUGAAACGAACUUCAGAUGAAUCGAACAAUGAUGAUCCUGAUCUGGAAGACUUAAUCAUCCAAUUCGAUCAAGAUUUCAAUCUAAAUGAAGAUGAUGGUGAUGAAAAAAAUGUGGCAUAUUUUCUGCCGAAAAUUUAUUAUUGCAGUCGUACUCAUUCACAAUUAUCGCAAUUUAUAAAUGAAUUCAAAAAGACAAGAUAUUUCCACGAUAAUCAACAAUCAUUAAUGUUGACACCACUAAGUUCUCGGGUUAAUUAUUGCAUAAAUAACCAAGUAAAUUGUUUCAAUAAUUUGAAUAUGAUAAAUGAAAAAUGUAAUGAUUUAAAACAAAAAAAGAAUCAAAAAUGUCAAUAUAAAAAUGUAUUGAAAAUGGAAGAAUUUGGACGACAAAUUCUUGGCGACGUUUGUGAUAUUGAAGAAAUCAUAUCGAUGGGUAAACAACGUCAAACGUGUCCAUACUAUUCCACCCGAAUGGUUAUUCCUGAUUCAGAAAUUGUUGUAAUGCCCUAUAAUUGUCUAUUGCAUCGGGCAACACGUGAAAAUUUCAAUAUCAAACUUCAAGAUUCCAUUGUUAUCAUUGAUGAAGCACAUAAUCUGUUGGAAACAAUUGUAAAUGUAAAUAGUUUGGAAAUUCGUUCACGACAACUUUCAUUACUGCUCAAAUAUCUUUCCCUGUAUAUGGCCAGAUAUUAUAAUCGAUUCAAUGCAUUGAACUUGAAAUAUCUGAAACAAAUGAUAUUCGUCGUACGAAAAUUAUUUAAUCAUCUUGGCAAUCAAAAAGAGAACCAAUGUAUUCAACCAUUAGAUCUGACAAUCAAAUUGAAUAUUGAAAAUAUUAAUAUUCACGAAUUGCUGCAAUUCAUCGAACAAAGUAGAAUUGCAAGUAAAUUACAAAUGUUUUCAACAUCGAAAAAAACUAAUGACAAUCCUCAAACGAAAAUAACAAAGCCAUCUGGUACGUUGGAAUUUUUGAAAAAAAUUAACAACAACAAAAAUGUCAAAAUAGCUGAAAAAGACAACAAGAAAAGAAUGGCAAUUACAAAAACAAAUGAUGAAGAGGAAGAAUUUCUCAAUAUAAAUACAAUACAUCUGAUAAAAGAUUUUCUCGCAUCAUUAAUCAACUAUAAUAUUGAGGCCAAAAUAUUGAUACAAAUUGACGCGAAAAAUCCUGAAAAUUCUUCAUUUAAAUAUUUAUUACUGAGUCCAAGUAAUCAUUUUCAAGAUAUUUUGCAACAAUGUCGUUCAGUCAUACUUUGUGGUGGCACAAUGAAACCAUUCGAUGAUUACGUGAAUCAAUUAUAUCGGCCAUUAAAUAUACCAGAAACACGUCAAAUGUUUUUUUCAUGUAAUCAUGUAAUCAGCGAUGAUAAACUUGUUGCUAUUGGAGUGUCCAAUGGGCCAAAUGGUGUUCGAUUGAAUUAUUCAUACCACAGUCGCAAUUCACCGGCUAUUAUCAAAGAAACUGGUUUGCUACUUGUCGAUUUGGUCAAAACCAUACCCAAAGGAAUUGUCAUUUUCUUUCCUUCGUAUGAUUAUCAAGAAUCGCUGCUAAAACAAUGGGAACAACAAGAUGUAUUGAAAUUGUUCGAACGAAAUCAUAAAAGAAUAUUUCGUGAACCAAAGAAAAACUCGCAAGUUCAAGCCGUAUUGAACAAUUAUACGAAAUUCAUCAAAUCAUCACCUAUGAAUAGUGCAAUUUUAUUCUCAGUUAUCGGUGGUAAAAUGAGUGAAGGAAUCAAUUUUAGUGAUGAUUUAGGUCGUGGUAUUGUUGUCGUUGGAUUGCCGUAUGCAAAUAGAAAUUCUAUUGAAUUAAUGGAAAAAAUUAAUCAUCUAAAUCGCAUCAAAUCAGAUGCCGGUAAUGAAUAUUAUGAAAAUCUGUGCAUGAGAGCUGUGAAUCAAUCAAUUGGACGUGCCAUUCGUCAUCAAAAUGAUUAUGCUACAAUCGUAUUGAUUGAUGAACGUUACGCUAAAUCAUCGGUCAAUUCAAAAUUAUCGGAUUGGAUUCGCAGUCGUUUUCGUUUGCCAAAUAAUCAUAAAGAUGCUCGACUAUUGAUUGAAAAAUUUUUUCAAAUCAAAAACAGUAAAAAUUGAAAACUUAAUUUUUUUAAUAAUAAAAUAAAAAAAAUC